AUGACGGAGCAGAAUAGUGACGUUAAUGGGGGGCUUCAUCUUCCAACUGAAAAUAGAGCAGCAAAAAACUCAAAUUCAACCUACGAGUUACUUGAUCAAAUUCACUCAAGUCCCCGAAGAAUAAGAAUCAUUCACGUUGGAGCUGGAGUGUCGGGACUUUUGACUGCAUAUAAAGCCGAGAGAUUACUUACGAACUAUGAAUUUAUAUGCUAUGAAAAAAACCCCGUAAUCGGCGGCACUUGGUGGGAGAACAGAUAUCCAGGUUGUGCCUGCGAUGUUCCGUCCCCUAUUUACUCUUUCUCAUUCGAGCCUAAUCCCAAAUGGGAGAGGUUCUAUGCAAGCUCCGAUGAGAUUCAGCAAUACAUGCUUGACUUUUGCGCAAAGUAUGAUUUAGAGAAAUAUAUCCGUCUGAAUAAGAGAGUUGUUUCAGCAGUUUGGUCAGAAGACCAGGGGCAAUGGACGAUUCAAAUUGAAGAUGACUGUGGAAUAUCAUACGACCAUUGUGAUGUCCUGAUCAACGGGACAGGUGUGGUCAAUAAAUGGAAAUGGCCAGAGGUCGAAGGAUUAGAAUCUUUCAAAGGCACGCUUGUGCAUAGUGCCAAUUGGGAUCCAUCAACAUCCUGGAAAGAUCAACGUGUGGCUUUGAUUGGAAUCGGAUCCAGUGCGAUACAACUUCUCCCUGAGCUUGCACAAGGAUCAAAAAGCGUUCAUAUCUUUGGUCGAAGCCCUACAUGGAUCUCACCCCCAUGGGGAUACGAUGCUCGUGAGGCCAGUUCCGAGUCUUCCGAUGAUUUACCAACCCACGAAUUCGUCUUUACCGAUUCUGAAAGGGCUAAAUUCGAAUCCGAUCCUGAUGCUUAUCUACUAUACCGUAAAAAGCUAGAAACUAGACUUGACAAGGCAUUCCCUAUAUUUCUUAGGGACUCGCCGCACAGCCAAUACGCAAAGCAGGUUAUGCGAGGCAUUAUGGAGAAACGGCUCGGCCCUGGUAACGAAGAAUUGAAAAAGAAAAUUAUCCCAGAAUUUUCUCCUGGAUGUCGAAGGCUCACUCCUGGAAAUGGAUUCUUGGAAACAUUUAGAGAGGACCAUAUCCAUUUUGAAUACGAUGGAGUGCAGAGCCUAACAGAGAAAGGUCUUGUUUCGAUCAGUGGAAAGACAUUCGAAUUUGAUCUGAUCGUCUGUGCCACUGGCUUUGAUGUGUCUUACAUCCCGCAUUUUAAUAUCACAGGUAUCGACGGGCUUAGCAUGCAGGAGGCAUGGGCCGAGGAGCCUAAUAUUUAUUUGAGCCUUACGGCACCGAAAUUCCCGAAUUACUUUGUUAUAAACGGGCCUACGGGAAAUUGGGCUCAAGGAUGUGUUCUUCCUUCGCACGAAAUCCAAGUUGAAUACGCGUUAAAGUGCUGCAAGAAAAUGCAAGAAGAUCGGAUUAAGGCGCUGGAGGUGAGGCAGUUUCCGACAGCCCAAUUCAAUGCCCAUCUAGACUUAUGGCAUCGACAAUACUCUGUCUGGGCUGAGAAUUGUCAUUCAUGGUAUAAGAACAGUAAAGAGGAAGGCCGCGUUUAUCUUUGGCCUGGAAGUUUGCUUCAUAUGCUGAAAACGUUAAGUGUGCCUCGCUUCGAGCAUUAUGACAUUCGGUAUCAGGACGACAAUAUAUGGGCUUCGUUGGGACUUGGACGAACAGCUCUCGAACAGCGAGAUUUGGAUGGGGAGAUAGUCGAUCUCGCCCCUUUCAUACGAAAUUCGGAUGUCCCUUGGAGUAUAGAUUGA